AUGCAUGACACAUCUAGUUUUGCACAUUCAGAAGGUCUCGGAAGAAUGGCCUCACUCACGGGUUCGAUACCCCAAAUGUCCCCUGACGGUUUAGGAAUGUGUUUGACCAACGGAAGCGUCGGAAAUCUUAAAAAGUUGACCGAAGAUCAUAUUAAGAGACCGAUGAAUGCGUUUAUGGUGUGGUCGAGACUUCAAAGAAGGAAAAUCGCUCAAGAAAAUCCUAAAAUGCAUAAUUCAGAAAUAUCAAAACGGCUGGGAGCCGAAUGGAAAUUAUUAACGGAAGAUGAAAAAAGGCCGUUUAUAGACGAAGCUAAAAGAUUAAGAGCAAUGCAUAUGAAAGAACAUCCCGAUUACAAAUACAGGCCUAGAAGAAAACCCAAAACCUUAAGGAAGGAAGGGUAUCCUUAUUCCAUACCUUAUCCAUCCGUGCCAAUGGACGCAUUGAGAGCAGGGAUGGCAGCUAGUCAAGUAGGUCCUUAUUACAAUCCUGCAGCGGCGGCUUAUGGUUCCCUAAGUGCCGCUAGCAUGGCAAGCAUGGCAGCAGCCGCUGCUGCACAACAAAAUGCCAUAUCUGGCUUGCCAACUCCGGCACAGGUUGUAUCUUCAAUGGAUGCCAUGAAAUAUUCCAUGGAUGCUGAUAAAUACAGACCUCCGUACAUUCCUCCAUCCUCUCUCGCCAUGUCGAUGUACUCCGAUCCAAAAUAUUUGGAUUCCACGGCUAAAUCUUACCUCGAUCGCAGUUAUUUAGAUUCUACAUCCGCAUUGACCAAAGCUUAUUUUGAAAAUUCCAAAAUGUACAUAGACAAUAAAAGUUUCGGAGAUGUUGGAAAUUCCUCGCAAUCACGAUCGAGUCCAAAUUACGAAAUUGGAAAAUCAUACGAAUCAAAUUCUAGAACUCCUCCUCCGGCUCCAGAAUCUCCAGAAAGUAGUAACGUAAAAUCCGAAAGACCGGAUCCGAGUUCGAGUACUUCGACGUCCGCAUCAUCUGCUACGGCAUCACCGGGGUCUUUGCCUCCAUAUUAUCCGCAACACGGCGGUCCCGUGCCCCCGGGCCUCAUACCCAUGUCUCAAUAUUCUCAACACUACCACCAAGCGUCGGGUAACGGGGGUUCUGAAUUUCGAAGACCUCUCACCGUAAUAUUUUGA